AUGGUACUACAACUUGACACCAAAGCAUCGGGAACAAUCGUCACCAGCCGUGUCGAUGCACUUAUCACCACACAUAUGAACGCAGUGGGUGCAUACUCUUUAAACCUCGAUACCGCCAAGGGAAGCGAAACCGACCUCGCUGUCUAUGCUACUGGGACUGUAUCGGUACACGGCGACGAAAACACAUUCUCAAACGAGCUGUGUCAAAUCAUCAGUUCAGAGUUGACGAGAAGAGCGCAUGGCAUGUUUCUCUGGGCCUCACUUGCUUGGGCUUUCUUCACCGAUGGGGUUGGUAUCUGGACAAAGAAGAUUAUAGCACAAAGGUUACAAGUCCUCCAACAUCUACUACCUGGCAUGGAGUCGCUCUACCAACGGACACUAGACGAAGUGGGCCUCAGAUAUCGAAACGAUUUGCUGCAUUCGCUGCACCCGAUUGUUUCUGCGGCAAAACCGCUAACCGUCGACGACCUUUCAAUUGCGCUCGCUUCAAGAGAACGGCGAGAUGAACUACGCGACAUUGAUCCUCGACUCAACGUGCAAGCCUUUUUCCGAAGCGCGUGUCCUCAUCUCAUCAGGAUUGGUAAGACGGGAAUGGGAACCCUGGUUCACUUGUCAUGCAAGGACUACCUCAUUGGAGCUCCUAUGAUGAACAACAAGCCAAACAAUUCCCAUAUCGACGCGGUUACUGCCAAUCUUGAGAUGGGUCUUGAUUGUCUCUCAUAUCUCGCACUUGACGGAUUUGCAACCCAUGACCUUGGAAUUGCGUGUGAGCAGCACAAGUUUCUCUCGUACGCCUACGAAUACUGGUUUCACCAUCUUGAGGGCCGCAACGAUCUAGCAGAAGACAUUUGGCACUACCUUUCACGGCUUUUCGAUCUGUCAACAAAACGUGUGAGAUGGUAUGAUAUUAGUGAGCUCGUUCUUCGUCUGUGGCACCAUAACUUGUAUUGCCUGUUCGAAUCAGGGGUCAAACCGCCUUUUCAGCUGAGUCUCAACAUUACCGACACUUACGGCGAUCACUUCAUACAUGUUGUCGUCACCAAUAUGCGCAAGUUGCCACUUGAGGCUAUGCGCUUUCUGACCAGCCUAGGCCUAGACAUCAACGGCAGAACUCGGUUCAGACAGGCUCUAUUACACAGGUGCAUUCGAGAGUGGCAAGGUGAACAAGACCUCGCCAUCCUCCGGGAAGAAAGCGGCGAGACUCAGAAAGGGACCACCGAACCAUUUGCAUCAGAGAAAGCACUUUCCGAGAUCCUUUCCUUUCCUGGGGUUGGCCCAGACGUGGUUGGCCUGUGA